UUUUGGACAAUAAGAGAAAAAAGAAUGAAAGAAAAAGAGGAAAAAAAAUAGAAACAGAAAAAACAUAUCAGGGAGUGCCGUUACAAAGGCGAAACUCCCAACCGACUACUACUACUGCAGCCGAGUCCGAAAUAAACAAAACAAGUUGACUACAAGAGUGAGACCAACUUUUGAAGACCUGCUGGGCAGUUACUCCUUCAUCCCCAACACUACUUUCCAAGCCCUGAAGUACACACCCUUCCUACAGAAAUCCAGUCAACUUGACAAGAUCUAGUCUAUAUCCUGGAGGCACAUCAUCACCCCACCAAUAGUCACAAGCAACUUACACUGUUAGGGCUUUAAAGCCUAUGGUCCCAUGGCAUAACCAGUAGCCUAAAACACUAAAGAAGCACCAAAAACACUGACGGGCUACUUGAAUACCAUUCAUUAAUCACAAUCAAGAGGACUUUCACUGGAUAUCAAAUAUCUAGUGUGUCUGCAGUAAGGCAGCAAACAUGACGCUUGCUACAGCAGCUACUGUCCCUAAGCUGCCACACCACGAACAGCUAGAGUUCUGCAUGACCCGAGCCAGGUACCGACAAGGACGCAAGCUGACUGCUGUCCGCGUUUACACAGUUAAUGAUGAGUCCAAUUACCUCAUUGUCAAUGGCGUCCCAGCUAUAAAGAUAAGUAAUGAACUAGAGACGUUGUGCCAUCGAUAUGGCGAAAUAGAAUUUCUCCAAUUGCUACCCGACUACCCUCAUGAAGAUUAUGUGGAAGUUUAUUUGGUAAAAUUCAGAUUUCUGAAAAAUGCUAGAUUUGCCAAGAAACAACUGGAUGGAAAGUCAUUUUAUGGACAUGUGUUACAUGUGUGCUAUGCCCCAGAGCUGGAAACUGUGGAUGAGACCAGGGAGAAGUUGCAGGACAGACGGAAGACCAUAGCAGCUCUCACCAGAUACCGUCAAGACACUGGUGAAUUGAACCUUAUUAGAAAGCCAAGAGUGAUGCCUCCUACAGCUGCUCGAUACAUUAACCAAUUGAGACCUGACCUGAGGGAGGAAACUUUAGACAGGCUACAUUACCGAGUGGACGAACCUGCGACAAGCAAUACUGAAUUGGGUCAAGAGGUGCAGAGAUUUGGUAAUCGAGAGUCAUGGACUUUAUCGGACUCCAGUGAAGCAUGUGCUAGAAUACCAAAUGAGGAUGAAGGGGCAGCUGCUUCACCUGUCAUACCAAAAGAGAAUUCAGGUCCCUAUAAGGCCUUGGGGGAUACUGCUAAACCCAAAGAGGAAUGUCAUAGUAAGAAUUUAAGAGAAAAAAAGAGAUCAAGUGAAUUCUACACUAUAUCAACAAAAAAAAUCAAACUCUUUGGAAAGAAAACCUUGCUCUCCUUUAAGCAAGACUAAUAUGUAACUAUAAUUUCUCAGCAUUAUGUAAGGCUUUAUAUUUUUAAAUUGUAUAAAUAAAUUAAAAUCAUUUAGGUUC